AUGGGUGGCUGCUCAUCAUCUCAAAAGACCACCGCCGAGCCCGAGCAGCAGCGCACGCCGCGCCGCCGCGCGCUCCUAGUCGGCAUGGAUUACCGCGGUGCCCCGGCUGGAUGGCCAAUAAUCAAUGGCACGCGCAACGAUGUGAAAGUCUUUGACACGCUGCUGAGGGAGCACUGGGGCUUUUCAGAGGAAGAUAUCGUCACCGUCACCGACCCUGCGGAGCAGAGCACUGAGUCCCUCCUCGCAGCGCUGACGGCCUUCAAGGCCAGCCUGAGGCCUGGCGACACCGCCGUUAUCUUUUACUCAGGCGACGGGCAUGGCAAGCAGGUCUUUGAUGCGAACGGCGACGAGGUCACGCGCAAGGGAGAGUCGGCGCCGGACAUCAUGGACGAGGCGCUCUGCACCACGAAUGGCACCCUCCUCGACGACGACCUCACCGUGCUCAUGCAGGGCAUCGCGGCCUCAGCUGCCCAGCUCUUCUGGUUUUGCGACGCGUGCUACAGCGGCGGCUUCGUCGACCAGGGCAGCGGGUCCUCCUUGCCCGAGAACGUCGUCCUCAUUGCUUCGUCGCUUGAGACUCAGAAGAGCGAGGACGCGCUCCGGAUCGAGACGGACAAAGAGACGGGCAAGAUGGCGAUGUUCUACCAAGGCACGGGCACGCGCUGGCUCAAAGCGGCCGUCGAUGGGGGCGGGCUGCCUCCUCGCGCCACGCACCAACAGCUGUUCGACGCUCUCGCGGCCGAGCGGGCGAAGGACAAGCGCACGAGCGUGCAAAACCCGUUCAUUGUCGCCAGCGCGACAGCGCGCCAGCUCACCCUCUAGAUGUGAGGCCCAGCAAAUCCGCAGUUGCUUCUAAAGUACACCAUUGGGGGCGCGCAGAGCGGUCUUGGCGAACUCGCCGGCCGCGAGGACGGGCAGUGUGUUCGUCUUCACGGCUCCCGGAUCCGGAAUGUGAAGUUUGUCUGUGAGUAUCGACUACGCUGUGUAUGACGUGACACGUGAGACGUUAGC